GAGAAAAUCGGAAACAACCAAACUUAAAACUAGGGUUUUUCACAGUCACAACUCACAAACCCUACAUAUACUUCUCAUCCGCCGGAAAAGCAGAGGAUAGAGAAUUCUUCAUCAGCUCUAGCGGAUACCUGGGUUUUUCGAGCUGAGCAAUAAUGCCGAAGCAGAUCCAUGAGAUCAAGGACUUCCUUCUCACUGCCAGAAGGAAGGAUGCACGAUCUGUCAAGAUCAAGAGAAGCAAGGAUGUUGUGAAGUUCAAGGUUCGCUGCUCCAAGUACCUCUACACACUUUGUGUGUUUGACUCUGAGAAGGCCGACAAGUUGAAGCAAUCCCUUCCCCCAGGUUUGAGCGUGCAAGAUCUGUAGAUUACAUGACAUGGAGUGUGAUACCUGCAGUUGAGACUAAGAAAGUUUUUAUUUUUUGCAUCGCGAGUUUAGAAUUUUAUGUUAAUGGAUUACUGUAUUCCAGAGAAAAGAGUAUUAGUAGGUGCUUUUUGUUACAUGGAUUGUUGCGAUUUUGCAAAAAUACAAUGGAUUUCUUGUAGGAUGCUGUUAAGUUUCUUGUUGUGUUUUGCCAUUAAUCUAGCACUUUUCUUUAUAAAGUUUUCCA